GAGUGAGGCGCCGCCCGAGCUGCCCGGCAACGCUGCCGGCCCCGCCCCGCCCCGCCCGCCCGCCCGCCGUUUUCUCUGCCGAUGUGGAGCGGAAAGCCCGGCUCCAUUUCUGCCGGGCCGCGAGGAAAUCAGCGCCAGGGCGACGGGCAGCCAGCCAGCCCGGGAGAAGGGCGAGGGGCCGGCGGGAAGGCCACGAGGCACUUGCUCUACUUGGGACUACACCGGUUUCCUCGGUGGCUCCACUGGCUUCAGGAAACGAUGCUGUGAAUAACAAUAAACCCUCGAGCGCAAGGAGCUGCGGUCCAGGCCGCUUACCCUCGUUACCGCCAUAGUGGUCUAGGCCAUCGUUAAUGCUGGUUUAAACUCGCACGUGGCAGUUGUGUUCAAGUCUAUACAGAUACGAACUGAUGCUCGGGCUUCCUGUGAGGGUAGACGAGGAGCCCGUUCCCGCAGGCGCUGGCGGACGCGCGGCGCGGCGCGGCACGGCUCGCCGGCUGCUGCGGGACUCAGGUCGAUUUUACAUCGGCGUGAGUCAGCAAAACUCUCCGGGCCUCCCAGGGUGCUGCGUCCCUGCGGGCAGACGUACGCGUCUGGGAGAAGCAGAGGACGUCCGGCCGCAUGAACGCGUGCACGUUUUCUUUUUCCUGUGAGAAAAGGGGUCAGGAAUGAAGAGCAGAGAAGCGCUAUCCAGUCAGGCGGUGCUUAGUGCGGGAAGCACGGCUGAGGCAACAGUGGCUGCGGGCCGUCCCUCGGCUUCUGCGUGCUGGCCCCAGCCCUGCGAUGCACGCGCCUGAGAGAGCAAAACAUGCAAAUGGUUUCACAAUGGAGAAGGGUUGGGCCACGGAUCGUAGAUACUCCAGCAUCCAAAUGCAAACAUGAUGUUAGUGCAACAUUCAAAUUCAGGGAACACAUAGAGUUUCGCUAUGGGAGCUGUCGUAGUCGACGAUGGUCCAUCUGGCAUCAAAGCCCCUGAUGGGGGCUGGGGCUGGGCUGUUCUCUUUGGCUGUUUUGUCAUCACAGGAUUCUCCUAUGCCUUUCCUAAGGCAGUUAGUGUCUUCUUUAAAGAGCUAAUCCGGGAGUUUGGUGUUGGAUACAGUGAUACAGCAUGGAUCUCCUCCAUUCUACUGGCUAUGCUUUAUGGAACAGGGCCCCUGUGCAGCGUGUGUGUCAAUCGGUUUGGCUGUCGUCCCGUCAUGCUCGUUGGGGGCCUCUUUGCUUCGCUAGGGAUGAUAAUGGCUUCUUUCUGCACCAACAUUAUCCAGCUCUAUCUCACUGCAGGCGUUAUCACUGGUUUGGGUCUGGCACUCAACUUCCAGCCAUCGCUUAUCAUGUUAAAUCGAUACUUUGACAAGCGCCGGCCUUUAGCAAAUGGGCUGUCUGCUGCUGGGAGCCCUGUGUUUCUCUGUGCCCUUUCUCCUCUGGGGCAGAUACUACAACAUGAAUAUGGUUGGCGAGGGGGGUUUCUUAUACUGGGUGGGAUGCUGCUCAACUGCUGUGUUUGUGGAGCGUUAAUGAGACCUUUGGAGCCUCCCAAGAAAUCUGAAGUUACCAAAGAAAUUGUUGAGAAAAAAACAAAGAAAAAGCUCCUGGAUUUCAGUGUGUUUAAGGAUACUGGCUUUGUCAUCUACACUGUGGCUGCCUCCAUCAUGGUGCUGGGCCUCUUUGUGCCACCAGUGUUUGUGGUGAGCUAUGCCAAGGACCUGAAAUAUGAAGACACAAAAGCAGCUUUUCUUUUAUCCAUUCUUGGAUUCAUCGAUAUCUUUGCCCGGCCCACCUGUGGAGUGAUUGCUGGUCUCAAGCAGGUCAGACCACGCUGCGUCUACCUCUUUAGCUUUGCUAUGUUUUUUAAUGGUUUUACAGAUCUCAUGGGAUCCAUGGCUGAUGACUAUGCUGGCUUGGUAGUCUUCUGUAUUUUCUUUGGCAUUUCCUAUGGAAUGGUAGGUGCCCUUCAGUUUGAAGUUCUCAUGGCUAUCGUCGGCACUCAGAAAUUUUCCAGCGCCAUUGGCUUGGUGCUUCUGGCUGAAGCAAUGGCUGUCCUAGUCGGCCCACCAUCAGCAGGCAAAAUCUUGGAUGCCACGAACAGGUACAUGUUUGUUUUUAUUACUGCUGGAGUUGAAGUUACGGUCUCAGCCCUCGUGCUGGCUUUAGGAAAUUUCUGCUGUAUUAAGAAAAAAUCAGAAGAGCCUCAAACAAAAGAGGAAGCAGCAGAAAGAGAGGAGCUGAACAAAAUGGAAGACAAACCCCCUGAAGAUGCCAAGGUGGACUCUAUCGAAGUGGAACACUUCCUGAAAGAUGAGCCUGAAAGAAAUGGGGAAGUUGUGACCAACCCAGAAACUUGCGUGUGAGUGUGACAAGAUGAGUGACAAAGCAUUUAGGAAAGAAGCAAAGAAUUUCAACACUAUUUAUUUUAGAAGUAGAACUAGCCUAGGGCUGGGCCAUUUGCUUAGCUGAACGGAAGCAAACCAGCUCAUAGCACAUUCUGUAGAAACAGGUUUGUUGGGAAGCCUUUUCUCAGAAAACUGUUUCUUUCAGUGAGAAGUGAAGCUUUGUGGUUAUAACUUUUAACAAAACUUAAACAGUCAUUGUAAACACAUGUAGAGGUCCUGCUAUGCAUCACCAGAAAUUUCUCACUUGAAAGAAAAAAAUAUUGUCAUUGAAGAGGAAUGAUGUGUAUGUUUUCUGUCAAUACGGGUGAAAGCGUGUGUUUGUUUGCUACGUGGUGUUCACCUAAAUGCAACUUCCCUUUCUUUGUUCUUUGUCAAAUGUGGAGAGCUUGAGAUGGGGGAAAAAUCUCAGGAACUUAAGGUCUUGGAAACCUCUUACUUUUUUCAGAUAUUUUUAGAUUAAUUGACUCAGCCCUAACUUAAUUUUGAUAAUAUGAAUAACUGUUACUUGCGUUUAUGUAAAUGUAUUUAUGUGAGUUUUGUCUCAACUCGUCAUUUUUGUAACUGUAAUUUUUAUUGGAAAUACUGUACACUGAGGGGCAUCCAGAGAGACACUGCCCUCAGUGGGACACAGCUACUACUCCCAAAUAGCAACAAAUGAAAAUGAAAAGAAAAGCAGUAUUAAUCAUAACAGACGAGAAGAGAACAAGUUUAGUUUGAUGUCGGUUUUCCGAAGCCUUGCCAGAGACGUUCUGCCAUCGCGGCGUACAGAUAGAUUUUUAAAAGGAACCUAGAGAAUAUAGGUUUGGAUACUGAGGUCACUAAGACUUUUCUAACUGAAAACUGCCAGCAUGUUUAAAUGUAAGAACUAAAAAUGUGUUCUAGGUUAAAUAUAACAGAGAUAUGGGUCUUGGCUAACUUAGGAAGAAGAAAUGGGUGACUUUUAAGCAAGAUAUGUUUUAACACUUUUCCUUGAGCCAGCUAUUCCUCCUUGUUGGAAAGAAUGGCCCCAUAUUUGCCUCAUCUAGAUAGGCUCUUGGAGGCACAUUAGGGUCAGUGAAGGAAAGAUAAUAGUAUUAUUGAUCCCGAGGCCCACUGUGCUCGACAGUGCCCAAACACAGCAGUCAACAACAAUUCCUACUGAACCAAAAGAAAAGUAAAGGCAGAGAAAGGGGCCUCUGUAGUCCACGGUUCAUACACUGAACCCCCGUCCGGUCACCUAAUUGUGCUCCAGAACCUCCGUCUGCUUUCUGGGCAAGUUCCAGGAGUCCUAACUGGUCCCUGUGCAGCUGCCUAACCCCUAAACCUCCACCCCACCCCGUACGUCCGUGUAAAGCGCAACUAAUGUGGUUUCCGUUUCCUGAAUCUACACCCAGCACUGAAACAGUCUCUGAGGAAUGCGCUAUUCUAUUAAUUCUUAAAUCAUUUUAAGAUGAUGAAACCUAAUGAUAACUGCCUAAGUGGCAGCAUUAUUCACUACUUAACUGCUCAUCGUUAUAGCAAAAGCAUCCACGUUCCAAAUGCAUCUGUCCCAAACAGCUUUCUGGCCUGCUUACAUCUGCCCUCCUAACCAUGCCCUACGAAGCUGUCGAAACCUCCACCUCUUGCCUGCUGUCCUCCACAACAGUUAUUGUAGAACACAGGCGUGCAGAAACUGAAAACAUGAAGAAUACCGCACCAACCAUAUGAUUUUCAUACUCCAUUCAGUUUUUAAAAAGCAAUUACUUGAGCAGCAGUUGUUCACUGGCACAUCAGUCUUGUUACAAAAUUCAUAUCCAGUUUUUUCCAUAGAGUGCAUAGGUUCAUGCAGGGAAGUAACGUGAGAAUUAGUGGCUGACAACAUGAAAGCAAAGGAAGGAAAGGGGAUCCACUGAUUAUCCUAGUGGCAAGCCUAGAGGCCAUCAAACUGUCUGGUGGGAGCCAAACAUGGCUCACUAGUUGGUGUUCCCAUUUCUAUUAAACCAAAGCAAUACCAACAAGAUCUCUGGAUGAUAAUUUGCCCUCUUAAGCAGGGGCAGGCAAUUAUUUUGUCUGGAGGGUCACUUAACGAGUUUUGGCGAGAUGUCGCGGGCCACAUGGUAGACCUGCCCCCGUGGGCACCAUCUUGGGACUGGAAGUCCUGCCCUCUAAUCCCUGACCUUUGCCACCAGAAGUCCCUCCCCUUGCCCCCAGGAGUACUCCUUUCAGCAGGGGGACUGCUACCUUGGAACCAGGAAAACCCCAAAUUAUAUUCUAAAAAUCAAACCUCUAUUACAACAUACAAUAAUUUGAUUUAAAAAAAAUAUUUUGUCCUUAUUUACAUGCAUUUGUGUAGUGUGCAGAGAGGCAAUUAUAUAAUAGCUUAAAAGGA